UGGAUAACACGUGGACUGUCAGUGUUUGUGCAGUGGUUCGGGAAUGAAAGGAUGAAUAUCUGAUAGUGGAGAAGCCUGCACCAUGGACUCCCCAGUCUCCUCUCAGGACAACGAUAUCGAAGUGAACGUGGUCUCCGGCGCGAGUAGCCCGGAGCUCCCCUCACAGAGUCCCUACUCCUCGCCACGGAGAGAGAAGAGUCCGUGGAAGAAAGAGGAGAAGGCCACAGGCAGUGCACCUUACACGAGUUUCUCAAUAAGUUCUAUCCUGAACAGAGCGGAGCCGAGAAGAGAUAAUGUCCUAGAGGCGGCGCUGGCGGCGAAUCAGUUUGGUUCUAACGAUGCUAUGCUGUCUAGGCUGGGCCUCAUCUCUCAGUGGUCGGCGCUGGCGGGGCGGUACGGUGGUUUGGUGCCUGCGCCAUGGUACUGGAGGCCCCACGCGCGCUCCCCGCACAGAGAGGACUCCACGACGAACGAGGACGGCUCAGCGGGGGGGUCGCCGCGGGCUCGCAGCCCCCCGCGCGCGCCGUCACCCCCCUCGCCCUCCCGCUCGUCGCCGCCCCGCUCGCCACGUCUCCACCCCGCGCUCUACCCCCAACAGACCGACGACAGAGACUCCGACCAGGACGUCGACGAAAGCGACGACUUCGACAAAGACGAAAAGCGCGACUCCAGUGCCGGGCUGGGAAAGAGGAAGAAGAAAACGCGAACAGUCUUCUCCCGCUCACAAGUCUUCCAACUGGAGUCCACGUUUGACAUGAAGCGGUACUUGAGCAGUUCGGAGCGAGCGGGCCUCGCCGCGAGCCUACACCUGACGGAAACCCAGGUGAAGAUCUGGUUCCAGAACAGACGGAACAAGUGGAAGAGACAGCUGGCUGCGGAGUUGGAGGCAGCUAAUAUGGCGCACGCGGCACAAAGACUGGUCCGCGUGCCUAUUCUGUACCAUGAGUCGCGGCCGACGUCGAUGCCGCAUACGCCUCUGCCGAUCCACCCUCAAUUCUCCAACGAGAGUGGGGUGUACUUCCCUCCCCAAGCCCCGCAGCCGCUGCAGCCUCUCCCGACGUCUCCUGUGACCUCCCGAGCGCCGCUGUCCAGCCUCGUGUAGUGUUCGCUCGACUCCGCCGGCGCGGAUGGACAUUUUUGAGUCUGUGGACUAGUCAGUGUCACUGUCAAAUGCCAAAAGUUAGGUUAAGAGAUAUUUAGUGCUGUAGCGUGGGCGGGAAAAUAAAAAUAAAAACUUACUAACAUAUAGCACUUGGAUGACAUUGUCAUGACCUGUCACUUAAAGUAACAACAAUGUUAGUUUUCCUUUUCGACAUGCCAUCUUAUACUUGGACGACAUUGUCAAAAAUGCAUGAGAGUUAAACUGCUGUCUCGUGACAAUUUGCAAUAUGGCGGCGGUAGUACUGAUUCUUAUUACGCAUCAAAAGAGUAUCUUAGUGUUUCUACAACAAAAAAUUACGUGUAUUUUUUUUUCCCGUGUACGCUAUAUGUAAAAUUUUUAAUUACCUAGCAUGUAAUAGUAACGUACAAAUCGUUGUCAUUCCAUAGUGUAAAUUAUUGUACAUACGCCUCUGUAUUUAUUCUGUAAGUUAGAAAAAUUGUAAAUAUUGUGUAUUCGGUGCGUUACCCGCUUCUUGUUAGAUUUGUAUCAAUGUUUCAGUGUCUAGAGAUCGAAAUUGUAAAAAAAUAUGAUUCCUUUUUUUAAUCACAAA